AUGGCUCCCUCGGAUAACCAUGGCGAGCCCUCCGCGAUAGAUCCUAGCCGUAACGAGCCAUCAUCGACACCGACCACGCCGCUUACACACGACGGUCGAGCGCGAGGCGACUCGGCAGCUUCCUCGGUCAGCCGUAUGGUUCGGAGGAUGUCGAACCGGUUUGAAGAAUCGCAUCCGCCGGGGGGUUUCAUGGCCGCGACCGGCGAGUUUGCCUCGUCGUUGGUCUCGUCAAGAGAUGCGACGAAGCUUAACGCGCCCGCACCCUCGAAUUCGAGCCCCUCGUCACCUCUUAUCCCUCACGGAGCCGUGACGGAAAAUGGGUUGCAAACAUCUAGCGAGAGGAACACCAGCAAAGCAGCCGACCACGAGACGAUCCGGCAAGAAGGAGCUGGGUCGUCGCCGAGGAAGGGACCGGCAACGUCUUCCGACGACGUGACCAUCUCAGUGUCGACGGACGCGAGCAAGGCCAAAACCCCAACCGCACCUUUCGACAACGGGUACCACUUCCCGCCCAAAUACAACUGGAAAGAGUCUACGGCGCACGGGCUGCGGGCGUCCUGGGAGUACUUCACGACGCCUCUCGGGUUCUGCGUCGUCGUCUACGGCCUCAACGUCGUCGCUUGGGGCGGGAUGCUGUUCCUCCUUCUCUGCAACGCCUCGCCGGCCAUGUGCUACCCGACGUGCAACGACAUCAACUCGCCGCGACGCAAGUGGAUCGAGUGGGACUCGCAGAUCAUCAACGCGCUCUUCUGCGUCACCGGCUUCGGCCUCGCCCCCUGGAGGUUCCGCGACUGGUACUACCUCCUCCAGUUCCGCAUCCUGAAGAAGGAGGAAGGGCUCCGGCGCCUGGCCGGCUUCCACCGCGGCUGGUUCCGCCUCCCCGGGUCGCAGGGUCUGCCCCUGCAGGCUGGACCACAGAACCCCCCGCUCGAUGCGCCCCGGAGUAGCGUGCCUUAUCCGGAGAGCAGGAUACCCGAGGCGCCAUUGACGGGUGUCCGAGCGCCGGCGACGCCGACGUGGAGGAUGGAUUUUGUUGUUUGGUCCAUGGUUUGCAACACAUUCCUGCAAGCCGUCCUCUCAGGGUUCAUGUGGGGUAUGAACCGAUACAAGCGUCCCAGUUGGUCGACUGGUCUCUUUGUGGCUCUGGCCUGCAUCGUCGCAGCCAUGGGGGGGAUAAUGAUGUUUGUCGAAGGCAAGAAGGUCAAGAGCAUCGAGGGCGUGCCGCUGACAGGCCGAGACCUGGAGAGGUUGGCUCGGGACAGGGAAUUGGGUAUUCCGCAUUACAAUAAUAUCAAGGACAAGAAACCAAAGGAAAAGGUCACGGAUCCGGAGUCGAAUAUAGAGAAGGCUGGAUCUAGGCGGUCGCCGCAAUAG